AUGAUUGCCACCAAAGUCCUCCUCCUCGUCGGCAUGGCCUUCAGCGCCACGACCGUCACCGCCAACCCCGUCACCAAGACCUGCCACAAUGUCAAGUGUCCCGCCCGAUGCGCGAUGAUCAAAGGCAACCCUACCUGCAUGGGUGGUGGCCCUCCCAAAGUCGUCGAAGCCGCCUCUAAGGAAUCUCCCUGUGACAUCAUGCGCUGCCCCGUCCGCUGCGAAGUCAUCGACAACGAAGCCGUCUGCGUCGGCCCUCCGUCUGAAGAUCUCGCCAACGGCAACACUCUCUCCCCCGAUGCUGACAACACCUCCGUCAAAGGCGAAAAGUGCGGUGUCACAACCUGCCCCUUCGGGAAAACCUGCUGCAACUCCUCCUGCGGCCUCUGCGUCUCUCCAGACAUGGCAUGCACUCAACAAAUCUGCGAGCCGGCCGGCUUGCAAUGUGGCCCCAGUGUUUGCUCCGGAGCCACACCUUUCUGUUGCAACAAGAGCUGUGGAAUCUGUACCGCUUCGGAUGGGUUCUGUACCCAGCAGCUUUGCAACCGCGGGUUUACCCCCAGCGAGAGCAAGAGGAAUGAGGAGGCUGAUAAGAUCAAGCUGGGAAACCAAAAGUGUGGCAAGGGAACGUGUGCUAAGGGUAUGGAGUGCUGCAAUUCUAGCUGCGGGAUUUGUGUGAAGCCGGGGGGUAUGUGCACGCAGCAGUUUUGCCCCAGUGCGGAUGUGGAGAGUGUUGAGGAGGCUUGA